UGCCUUGAGCAGCAACGAACAUUUGAUCGACUGAAGCAUCAUAGCGAGUUUCUACUACGGCUUGGUGCACCGAUCGAUCGCGCGAAGGAUAACAGCCCUUCUGUACUAUAGCGUGAACUAUUUAGGAUACACGAAUUUCCUUGACUCGAUUCGCGGCUCACGUUAUUAGCAACCUCGAAAGCGACGACAACGACAACGACGGCAGCUUGCUUACAUCAGCCGCUCGGAUUCCAACGCGAGCUUCGGUGAUGCAUCUAAUUGUCGAGAUCAGCAAAUUGGAUUUUCCCAGAGCCCGCCGCUUCUCACGAUACCAUCGACGCCCAUCGACGCCCAUUUCGUGAGUCCUCUUCGUUUUGUGAGGAAAAAUAAUAUAAGAAACUAUUACGUUGGUCGAUACGAUGAAAGAAUCGUGAGACAAACACGAAAUUUGAAAAAAUGAUUGAAUUGCAAGGAAGGCGCAAAUGCGAUAAAGAAUAAUCUCAUUUGUUAUCCGAUUAAUGACAAAUUAGCUUUCUUUUAUUUGUCCCGGCGUAUCAACCUUGAGUCUCUCCGAUUCUCAUAAAAAAAAAAUGAAAGAGAAAAGGCGUUCGGAUAAAAAACCGUCGCAGGAGUUUACGAUGCCGCGCGUUUGACGAGAGAAACGCUCUUCUCUAAUCCGCUUCGUGAUUGCACCGAACGUACAAUCUCGAGCCGAAGCCGAGGAACCUCUUCCGUGGAUUUUUUCUGGUUGAUCCGUCGGCGAACGCAAUCUCGGUAGAGAGAACUCCAAUUAAAAUUAUAACUGGCCAACUCAGCCAUGCAUGCCGUACGAAAAUUGAAUGCUAAGAUAAUCGUUUUCUCUCGCUGCCGAGAAAAGACGGAGACGCUUGGAGCUGCCGAGAGACAUUAUUGACGGCCAUUUCUGGAGAUUUCAGGCGACGGAGAUCAAAAGUGGAGCUCAAGAACUCAAAAGCUCAAGAGAGAGAGAGAGAGAGAGAGAAUCUUACGUCGUCGUUCGCUGCUUGAGUCCAGUUGUUUUGGCGACUACGACUUUCUUUUCUUGACAAAUUAAAUCUCGCGCAAGUGAAGCGCCUAAGAAAAAAGUCUGGAAGCGGAUCGAGGACAUUGGUCAAAGGGAGAUUCACGUUUCCAUUGCACUGUUAGAAAUACUGUAUUUCUCAAAGCCCACGGAACGCAUUCGAUUUUUGUGCCGCGAAAUCGAUAGACAAAGUCGAUUCGUCUUGCACUAUAAUCAACUUAAUCGUUAUAUAUUGCCAUGCUGAAACACAAAGCACGCCAAUCACGUGCAUUCAUCAAACUAGAAAAUAUCGUAAUUCCUUACAAUAAACCGCACCGAAGAGCUCGUGCGAGUACUUAGGCAGGCGAUAAGAACUGGGAAAAACUUGUCACUCAAUCGAGAAUGGAAUCUUUUCGGGAACAGCAGUCACGAGAUUUAAUCGAUGCGACACGAAAUUCAGAAACCACACGAGUAACUCUAGUCGCAUCAUAUUUAUACUAGUAAUUCCGCGUUUCUCCGUGACGAAGUUGUGAAAUUUGUAAAUUUGUAAAAUUUACGACGGAGCAAGGAACAGUGGCAAUAAUUGAGAAUAAUUCUCUGUGCACAGAAUAAAACGUGCAGCGCGCAACCGGGAAGGAAAAGAGUCAAAGCGCGCGCACGUAGCAUCCGCAUCUUCGUUUUCUCGAAUAAAGAAUACUAUUUGCAGAAUAGAGUGGAAAAGAUAAAAUCGUCAGGAGAGGAGGGGAGGGGGGGCUUGAAAAAAGAGAUAAAUAAAUAAGAGCUGGUCAUUAAAAAGCUAUUCGUGAUUUUUCGAGAACGGUGUCUGUGCAAGCUCAAAAGUGGAAACGUCGGGUAAGCGCGUCGAAGAGGACCCGUCGACUCGGAAGAGCGGUUUGUACAGUCUCGUGCGUCAUCUGAGCAGUUGCAGCGCGAUCGGACGUCGUGAGAUUAGCACGUACGGUCGCAGUGGGAACAACGGGCCCAGCGGUGGGUCCGACAGCGACAGUAGUGGUAAGGAUAACACGAGUACUAACUGCUUUGCGGCCGAGCAACGACCAGUAGUGGGGGCCGAUAACACGGUGUCCGCAUUUGGGACCUCAUCGAGCCGCUGUAACCUUAGCCGACGUUCCAGUCGCGAUCUAAGUGCAUCGAAGUCGUCGUCGUCGUCGUCGUCCGCAACGACGGCGGCGGCGGCGGCAGUGCCGUGUCAGGAUGCGACCAGCCACGGGGGCGACAAUGGUGUCAGUGCGUCAUCGGGUGAUAUCGGCACAACCGGCCAAGAUUGGCGAAGACUAGUCGGCAGCAUACGGCGCAAAGUUCGCCGCAAAACCGCCCAGAGCAGUUCCAGUAUAUCAGAAGCCGUUCUGCAAGAAACCAACCGCAAUCCUGAUGACUUUCUAAAUGCCACCAUGAGGAUCUUCCUGGUGGUGUCGCCGCCGAUUGGUCGCGUUCAGGUGCGUUCGAGUUCUUUGACUUCACUGGAUGUCUUGGACAGCAACAUGUUGGACAUGGAGGAACACCAUCUAGGAAAUGAUCCUUCGCAACAGCAACUCCAUCACUUGCAUCAUUAUCAUAAGAAAUCCCAUCAGCUGCAACACCACCCCCACUGCGUUGUCGAGUGCAGCCCUCGAUUCCUUGUGCCGAACACAACGGCUGUCGAGGAUGCGCAUUCCAACCGUACGAAGCACAAUCUCUCGCGAUCUCAAAUGUCUAGUAGCGAGUACUUCAGCGUCAACUUUGAAGUGGGAAAGGAUGCAGCUCCUUUCGAUCGUGAAGAAUUUCUGCCAGCCACAAAAGGCAUCUACCUAGCGGAUAUGCUGAAUUCCCUCUGCGAGCGUCGCGGUGUCGAUUUAUCUCGCGUCGACGUUCUGGAUAGUUUUUCGACGCCGCUACCACUGCUAACGACAGAUACUUCUAUUCUCGGUGGAAAGCAACUACGAAUAGUCGUUAAAGACGAAAGAACGAACUCUCGGACGUCGAGUCAAAAAGGGAGUCAAAACGUGUCGCUGCGAAAAAUCAGUGGGAGUUAUCGGUGUCGAAGCGGUCGUUUCUUCAGCGUCUCCACCGAGGACUCGAGUGUCGACUCCGAGGUAGGCGCGUGUACGACGUUCGCUUCCAGCCGGAGUUCCACUGGGGCUACGGGACUCAAGGCCAACAAGCAGCGUUGGAGUGGGUUCUUUACCAACACCAAAGGUACCAAAAUGGACCUUCUAACUGCCCAACUGGAUGAAUAUAAUAAACACGGUGUGCCGAAGGACAUUUCUUUGCAUUACGACUUGGCGAUCAACGAAGAAGCGCUAUACAAGUUAGAGGACGACUGGCGCCACAUUGUAGAGAAUUCCGACCAACUCACGGAGAAGCAGCAACAGCAACAAACCGCUCUCUGGGAAUUAAUACAGACUGAAGUAGCCUACAUUAAAACAUUAAUGGUCGUGACCGACCUCUUCAUGGCGUGCCUAUGCGGCUUGCAGGCUUCGAAUAUCCUGAACGAGGUCGACAAGUCGAAGCUCUUCAGCAAUAUACCUAAUAUUUACGCCGCUAAUCGCUACUUCUGGACGGAGCAUCUGCUAACGAUGCUAGACGCGUCGAGAUCGAGCGGCCAGCCGCUUGAUCCCCGCCACCUUCUGCAGGGCUUUGAAACUUUCGAGCAGACGUUUACACCUUAUACGAGAUAUUGCGCCGAGCAGAGCAAGUGUCAACAAUAUUGUCGCGACCGACUGAACGAUAACCAGCUUUUCACAGCGUAUCUUGUGUGGUGCGAAACGCAGAAAGAGUGCAAUCGACUAAAACUCUUGGACAUACUUGUAAAGCCGAUGCAAAGACUGACGAAGUAUUCGCUCCUUCUCAAAGCCGUUCACAAGAAUACCGAGAACGAAGAUCAACGAAUGGAACUAAUCCACAUGAUCAAGUCGGUGGACGAUUUCGUGGCGUCUGUAAACGCGGCCCUGAAAAGAAGCGAGGAGACCGCACGAUUAGCCAACGCAGCUUCCCGUCUCGAAAGUUACGACGUCGUAGAGUCCAAAGACGAAGAAUUGGAGAAGCUGAUCAAGAUGCAUAGUAGUUUCGAUAUCAUCACGACACCAAUACCCGGUUGCCCGAAGGACACCCUGAGAACAUUGUUACGAGAAGGAGACUUGAAAUUGAAAGAUGCCACCACUAGCAAAAUGGAAGUACACGUAUUACUAUUUACGGACAUGUUGCUGAUCUGCAAACCUUCGACGAAGAAAACAUCAUCAAGCGGCACAGUAGGAGGUCUCGGGUGUGGUUUGAAGAUCAUUAGGCAGCCGUAUGUCGUUGACCGGAUACGAAUUUACGAACUCAAAGAACCGUCCAAUCUGGGAUUGGUUUAUCUUAACGAGUACGGGGCGGCCUCGGCCGCUUUGGUCCUCAGCAUCGGUGAACCAAAACUAGCCAAAUCGUGGAUAGAGUCCUUGAAGAAGGCCCAACAGCAAUUUGCGUUAAUGAAGACGCCAUCGCUUGGCGAGACCGUAAUGAACCUGACAACCGUAAAUAGACAACCGAGCACGUUUUUGGGCAACGGCGACUUCGAAGCAGAGGAAUGCGAGAGUAUUCCGAGAACUCCGCGCGGCAGCAGCAGAACAUCGCGCGUUAGCAGUCUCGCUCAUAGCCACAGCAGUAGCAUGGAAAUGGAAAGCGUGUCUCCUGGGAGCAACAAUUUCCUACCAAACUACAACCCGAGCAGGAACGUUAACGUGGACACAAACGAACCGCCACGAGCAUCGAGCGUGUCGUCGGAAGAAGGCGGCGGUGAAUCUGGCUUCGGACACAAUCACCGACCCUUACGGAUAAGGCGUUCGUUAUUGACCAAAUCGCCAACGCCGAACACCUUGAGCGUCCAAAUGCCGGCAUACUCGAGUCUGGGCCAAUCGCUACCCAAUCUCACGCUAGCCACCUCGCCACAAACCUCCACCGUGUCGCCGACGCCGCCGAAUUCGUUACUCAUUGUGCCGCAGAUCACGAAGAACAAGGAUGCUCUACUCUCACCAGGACACCGAGGUAGUAUAUCGUAUCCGCCACCGUCGCCGCCACGAGGCGCCCUUAGAAGGGCAUUCGCGUUACCGCAGUCCCGGAACCCGCCCUUAAUCAAGGCGAGGCAUGUGAACGCGUCCAUGAUGCAAACGGUGCAGCCAACCAUGAGUUUCGACGCCGAAGCUAUCGAGGAAAGACGAAGAAAGGAACCUUCGCAGAGAAUACCAUCUACCAGCAGCAUCGCCGAGGAAAAGGGAAAGCAGAGGAAGGUAUAGGAGGCUAUGCACGUGUUACAUCGUGGAAGAGGAUGUACGCAACAGACACUGGAUACUUGCGCACACGCGAGGCGUAAACGUACUCGCAGAUCUGCAGAUCAAGGUCCGGAAAGGCCCAUUUACUCCGGUUGCAGAACGUUCGUUAUAUGGUCCUUUAUAUAGGUCAAAGAACUUAAUCUCUUUAUGUGGGAUAGGACCAUAUGUUGAAAGGGGAAUUCUGAUUGAAGUAAUUGAAA